AUGAUGGCAGAGGAAAAAGAUGGUUCCGACAACUCGUGUAUGAUCGUGUCAGUGAGGGAACUUACGACACUGGAGAAAUACGUAGCAGAGAAACCUCUUGAUCCCUUAGAACAAGACUUCGUAAACCGGCAAAGAAUCAAUAACUGGACUCGAUCUUCCACGGGCGGGAUCAAACCAAUCCACCCAUUUUCCGACAAUAUCUCGUACGUUUCCGAGAGUAAUGAGACGAUUGUAGAGAGGCCAAAUUCGUCGGAUAAACCCCGCGACCUCGAUUAUGGCGAUCGGCAACAACCAAUUGGAAAAGACAAACGCGACCUCAGCGCGACUGAAGUCGCAAAACGCCAUCAUCCACCUACUCAUAGAAACUCACUCGUAACGCCAUAUACUUCGCCGUAUUUCUGCCCACACGAUUCAACUAGUGCCCGAGGUUUUCAGGACGAACAAGCGCGCGUAAACAGCUCUCCUCACAAGCAAAAGGAGUCGGGUCAACCUAUUUCCAGUCGCAGUAGUGCCCAUCAACAACAGUACGCCUCGAAGCCUUCACCCCUUCAACAUAAUGUUCCUCAGCCAUCGAGUGGCAGUAUUCUAAAUCCAGAAGCUCUGCGCGAUGCAACGGCUCCACGAGAUCGAGUCGCAGCGCAGUCUUCGUCUUGCCCGAUUCCACAGAUAAAUCCACUCGUACGUACGGUACCAGUCACCAUUGGGACCUCCCGCGAAGCAGAUCUGGGCUCCAACUUUGAAAGCAAUACAUAUCGACCUAUGCCACCCGUCACGAGUACAGCGCUGUUAGGAAGUAGCUCGAAUCAGUCAUACUACCCAAAUUCGGACCCCUAUCGCCAGUGGCCUCAGAGAUCUCCGAAUCAGGAAUUCUUUCAACAUUUCCAAACACUCAAUAAUCUCAGACAGGCACAAGCGAUACAUCGUACGGUACCAGGUCAACACUCAACGAUCCCCACACUUCUACCUCCGCGAACCGCUCAACCCGUUCAAUCACCCCCAACCCGCACGUUAGGUCAUAGUUCUCCAUGGUGGAACAAUUCGGAUACUCUUGUAAAUGACAUUCUUCAGUACGCUGGCCUGUUAUCCAGAAACGGUGAGGUGGACGACAGUAAGUUGGAUAGCAAUCUCCAUGUUCUUCCCGAACACGACAGAGACUUGAGAUACUAUUCCGAAAUCGCCCAAAGACAUCUAGCCUCGAAGCGGAAGCGUGAAGUGAUUGUAAUUGGUGACAGCUCUGAUGAAGGAGAGAAUUUGGCGGACGGGAACACAAGCAAUCACCGAAAUAGAAGAGCACGUGGUUCUUAUACCUAUCCUUCGGACAGCGCCAUGCCACCGAGUGAGAAUGUUUCUCACGGUCUUCUAAGACAGAACGGGACUAUUGAGAAUGAACAUAGACGCACUACAGAAAUUGCAACAUUCAAAAAUGGGACUCCUCAAAAGCACCUGGAAACACUCUCACUACAAAGCAGAAAGGUGCAAAACCCACCUGUAGAGCAGCGUACGUCUAAUUUAUCCAUCGUUAUACCAUCGCCAAACCUGAAGAAUUUACAAAAUUCACUUAAGCGGCCGGUAAGCAGUGAUCACAACGUUGCCGAGGUUGAUCUUGCGGAUGAAGUGCCCUCUGCUACACGAUUACCUGGGAGCCGUCCCCUUUCUGGACUUUCGUCUGCUGUCAGAGAGAGCCCUGCUCCCGCUUCGUCAUUACCAUAUUUUGUGACUAUAAAUGGCAAAAAAAGGGGACGCCCAUUCUCCACGGCCGAAGCAGCUGUCAGAGCCGUUGAGAAAGCCGCAAGAAUCGCACAAACACAAACUUCGCAUGAUCCUGUCACAGACGGCGCCUUGACAAUCAAUGGGAAAAAGCGUGGACGACCAUUUCAAACGCCUGAAGCUGCAGCUGCGGCCGCAGCCAAAGCAGCGAGAUUGACCAAUAAUGACCAGACUAACGCUGAAUUUAAAAAGCGAGGCAGACCAUUCUCAGUCAACAAGGAGUUUAUUGUACCCGAAGGGAAGUACAUACCUUUCCUCUGCGAAUGGGAAGGCUGUCCAGCGGAACUCAACAACUUGAAAACCCUGAGACUUCAUCUAAACAUUGUUCAUGGUAUUCGUGAUAAAUCAAAGAAGGACAUACCAUGCCGUUGGGGCAAAUGUGCGAAAACUCACAAAGUGCAAAUGCCACUCACCUCAGACUCAAAGGCAAGCGAAGGAAGCCUGAGUCAACAAAGUGGUGGGGUCACCUUUACAAGAAUAGGCGAAUGGAAAGAACACAUAGAAGAAGCCCAUCUCAUUCCAUUUUCAUGGCAUAUGGGCGAUGGACCUGCCGAUGAAACAUUCUCAUCACCUCCGGCAGAGCCCUCCUUACCGAAGGAUGAACCAUGGCUGUUCGAUGAGAAGGGAAAACAAGUAACACCCUCGGUACACGGUCAACGUCAAGAGGCUGGCCGAGCUUCGUUCAACAAUGGUCGUCGAUAUCUAAAGCAGAUCCGCCACAUGAUCAAGGCCAACACGGGCGAGUCUUUGAAGAUAAAUCGGAUCUCCAAAAAACUUGGGCUUUUGGAUCAUGGUAAUCUGGAUGGCAACGGUAGUCCAAUGAGUAGAAGCAGCUUCGAGGUAGUCCUCCCAGCCGUGCAGUCGCCUCAUGAUUUCGUAGCUAUUGCCGAUACUGAUUCUGAAGACGAACUGGCCGUUGGUCAUGACCUGGGAACUAAUUUGGAUGAGGUCGAUGUCGAGAUGACACUCUCGUGA